AUGCUAUCACUCACUCUAUGCAACUUGGGAGGUGGAGGUGGAGUUGGAAUUCCCAGAUACACAAGAGUGUGUCAGCAAAGACCGUUGUUUUGGAGCUUCCUUUAUAUUCAUUUCUACCCAAAACUCUCUUCUCCCCAAUGGCGCCGGAUCUGUGUAACCCCUUCUCCCCAACCUCCAAACAGUCUGUUAAAUGUUCACCAGGUGAUUGCAAAUUUGCAACAAGUUUGAAUUCAACAUUUGCUUCCUUUAUCUUGGAGCAUGGAUGGUAUGGAUGAUAGGAAGAUGGGGUGUAUGUCUGGAUUUCUUCAGCUUUUCGAUCGGCAUCACAUUUUAGCCGCCAAAAGGCUGUAUACUACUAAGCGUCUCCUUCCUUUUACGGAGGUUAAUGACACAUCAGAGGCGAAAAACAUAGUUAUGUCCCAGGAAAUAGCCAAGGAAUGGAUAAAAUCUCCGCUUCCUCUUCCAAUUUUUGAAGUGAAAGAUGGGGGAAAGUCUUCUUGGAAGAUCAGGAAAGAAGCCCCGAGGCUCUCACUUGAUAGCCGAGCCACAGUUGAUGCUAAGGGAAGCCUUCACCCGAAGGAGAUCCAAAUUAAUGCUUGUGAAAAUGCCAAAGAUUUAGUUGUCACCGAUGAGGAUAAGCAGCCCCGAUGUCCCAGUGUCAUUGCAAAGCUGAUGGGACUCGAGGCUUUGCCGGGAUCAAGUUCAGAGACUACACAGAAAGCUGAGCUGCGAAGAUCUGCAUCAGAGUCGAGAGUUUCAAGAGACUUGUUUCAAUAUUGCUUUGAGUUCAACGAACCAAACUACUUGCAAUCUAACAUUCCGAAUGUAGAAAUUGAUUGUAGAAGGUCUAGGAGUUCAAAUCGAGGUUUAAGCUCAACAUCAUGGAAGGCACCACAACAUCGCAAAUACUUUUAUGAGACAGCUGACAUUAUUUUCCCCGAGCCUACACAGAUAGUCCCACACCACGGAGAGAUCAACAAGAGAUUGAGGAUCAGAGGACUUGACGAACCUUCUAACGAUCUCGAGUCGUUGAAGCACACUCUCGAGGCUUUGCAACUCAAAGGGCUCCUGCAUACCAAAAAGCCUUCAGAGCAAAUCAACCGCCUUAAUGUCGUAUAUGAUCCCCGUUUCUCCCAUGACGAGUCUCAGAUAGUAGUGAUGAAAUCUUCCAGGUCCAUUUCGUUACAGUCACCUAAAGUUAUCUCUAGAAGGAAUUGUUUCGAGCAAAAUUCCACAAAACGAUCAUGGAACAAGAAAUCACUGGCACAGGUUCAUCAGAAGGAGAAAAUCACGAACUUCAUUUCUGAAAGCAGCCUUACUGCGCCAUUUCAGACCAGAGGAGAGAGAUCAAACACAGAGUACAAUGAAGGAAGGAACCUUUUGGAGAGGUGUGACAAGCUGAUUCAUAGUAUUGUUGAGAUGACAGCCACAGAUAUGCAACCAAGCCCAGUAUCCGUUCUGGACUCCUCUUUCUUCAAGGAAGACUCGCCAUCUCCUUCGCCUAUAAGGAAGCAAAGCAUUGAAUUCUUAGGUGAUUUUGACAAUGAGAUAAGGGCUGAAAUUCCACCGGUCCAAUCAAAGUCCAAUGACGAAACAGUAGACUGGGAUAUAAGCUAUAUCACAGACAUUCUUAAGGCAUCUGAUUGCCUUCCCGAAGAACCCGACAUCUUCCUACUUUUGGAGAAACAACAAUUUCUCAAAGGAAAAGACACAUCAGAAGAUUCUAGGCUGCAAAGGAAGCUGAUCUUUGACACUAUCACUGAAAUUCGGGACAGGAGCAGGCAACUGCCUCCAUGGAAAGUAUAUUCGUGGUCGAAUUCUGUUACUGCACAGCCAUCACUGCAAAGGGUCUUGUCGGAAUUCCAAAGAAUCCGAGAACUGGGAAUUUCCAAUGACUUGUUUGAGAUCAUUUGCGGGACUCUCAAAAAAGACCUGGCACAAGAUGCUGUUAAUGGUUGGGGAGAUUAUCCAGUAGAGAUGUCGGAGACAGUGUUGUACAUGGAGAGGCUUAUAUACAAGGACUUAAUGGGCGAAACAAUCCGUGAACUUGCAUCAUUCGCCACCAAAAGUAGCGCCAUUACAGCAUUGCGAAGAAAGUUAGUCUUUUGAAACGAGAGGCGAUGGGGCAAACUACAGGUAGAAACUAACUGCUUCCAAUUUAUGCACUUUUUUUUUUUCAUUCUUUGCCUAAUUUGUUUUGAGUUUCUGCUGGUGAACUCUAAGUUGAAGAUGUUGAAUUUACAGCUUGCAUUGUUUAUAAUUUAUUGAGGAUAACAAAUUUUGCUUUGAGCAUUUUGUGGAAAUGAAAGGAAGGUAAUGUUUUUUACCCAAAGACUA